UAAGUACUCCUUAUUUGAUACUCCGUAAUUUUGUCAACUCAAAACCUCCCUCACCAAAAACCACAACCCUUUGGUUAUUGUCAAAUAAAAAAAAUCACAAGUCGUCAGCUGCACUGGCGUAGCGUUCAAGCGGAUUGCCUGUCACUACACUCUCUACUCGCGCGCAAUGGCGGAGCCCAAAGUUAAAUACGAUCGUCAACUCAGGAUAUGGGGUGAGCAGGGACAGGCUGCUUUGGAGAAAUCCAGUAUAUGUUUACUUAAUUGUGGGCCUACUGGUUCUGAAACUUUGAAAAACCUUGUUCUUGGUGGGGUUGGAAGUAUCACUGUUGUUGAUGGAUCUAAAGUGGAAGUUGGUGACCUUGGAAAUAAUUUUCUUGUGGACGAAUCAAAUGUCGGACAAUCAAAAGCAAAGUGUGUAUGCUCAUUUCUGCAAGAGCUCAAUGAUUCCGUGAAGGCCAAAUUCAUAGAUGAGUACCCAAAGGAACUAAUUGAGAAGAAUCCUUCUUUCUUUUUGCAAUUUACCUUGAUUGUCGCUACACAGUUGAGUGAAGAUUCAAUGAUGAAAUUGGAUACAAUCUGUAGGGAGGCCAAUGUCAUUUUAGUAUUUGCACGGUCCUAUGGACUCACGGGCCUUGUAAGGAUCAGUGUGAAGGAACAUGCUGUGAUUGAAUCCAAGCCUGAUAACUUUAUGGACAACCUUAGGCUCAACAAUCCAUGGCCGGAAUUGCAAAGGUUUGCUGAAUCAAUUGAUCUGAAUACAUCUGACUUGGUACUUCAUAAGCACACUCCAUAUGUUAUCAUUCUUGUAAAGUUAGCUGAGCAGUUGGCCUGUACUAAUGCUGGAAAACCUACAUCAACCUCGAAUAGUAAACAAGAACUAAAGGAUUUAAUUAAAUCUCGAAUGAUGGCAAAUGAUGAAGACAACUACAAAGAGGCAAUGUCAGCUUCAUACAAAGUAUUUAGUCCUCGUGGAAUUAGUUCAAGCAUUAAGCAAAUAAUUAAUGACAGUUCUGCCGAAGUAAAUUCUAAAUCCUCAGACUUUUGGAUAAUGGUGGCAGCUUUAAAGGAAUUUAUUGCUAAUGAAGGUAAUGGAGAGGCACCUCUAGAGGGAUCAAUUCCGGAUAUGACCUCUUCCACCGAGCUAUAUGUCAAUCUGCAAAAUAUUUACCAAGCCAAAGCUGAGGCUGAUUUCCUUGCUGUGGAGCAACGCGUGAGGGAUAUACUCCAGAGAAUCGGUAGAGAUCCAAGUAGUAUAUCAAAGGAAACCAUAAAGAGCUUCUGUAAGAACGCAAGAAAGCUUGAAGUUUGCAGAUAUCGCUCCCUUGAGGAGGAGUUCAGGUCCCCAGCCCAACCAGAGUUGCAAAAGUAUUUAACAGAUGAGGAGUAUAGUAUUGCAGUGAGUUUCUAUAUUUUACUUCGAGCAGCUGACCGCUUCUUUGCAAACUAUAAUAAAUUCCCCGGACAACUAGAUGGGGAGAUGGAUGAGGACAUAUCCAGGUUGAAAACUACCGCUGUCACCCUACUGAACGACUUGGGUUGCAACUGGUCCACGUUGGUGGAGGACCUUAUUCAUGAGAUGUGCAGAUAUGGUGCUGCCGAGCUUCAUGCUGUAGCCGCCUUCAUUGGAGGAAUUGCAUCGCAGGAAGUGAUCAAGUUAAUCACAAGACAAUUUGUUCCAAUGCGCGGGACGUUUAUCUUCAACGGCAUCAACCACAAGUCUCAUAUUUUGUUCCUCUAAUUCUUUAGUAUUUAAAUGUGACUGGGUAUGCCCUUCUUUUCUUCCAUCACUUGUUCGGAAAGCACAACAAUUUGGGCACAACUUGUACUUCGUUUUGAGGUGGAGGCAUGAUGGAUAGUUUCAACUUUCAAGGAUGCAUCAGAGUUUAGGUGCUUCAUUUGUUAGAAAAGGAGAAAUAGAAGAUUGCUAAAUGUGAACCUAUGUUAUGAGAUCUUUAUGUUAAACACAAAUCAAAGUGGCUCUUGUUUCACUUGAUAAACACAUUUUAGUUUUUGAGCC